CUUUCCUUGAGGACAGCCUGCAGUGUUGGUUUGAGGCUACGGAUGUGAAGAAUCGUUCAUCGAACCACUGGCCCGCUUUGGUUCCCGCCCGGCAUUCUGUCCGUCGGCAGCCCCGGCCGCUGGCACCACCUAAUGAUGAAGAGGUCCCGUCUAUCGGUGUACACGCACGAGUGGCCCGACGAGCAGGGCGUGAGGGUGCACAUCAACGGAGAGGAGAGGGAGAGCAGGCAGCUCGAGGUCAUCCUCUACACACACCUCGUACUCGACCUCCUACCCAUGCGCCUCCACUACGCAGCCGAGGCCGUCCAGAGCUCAUUCAAGGCCAGCUGUGUCAUCACCCGGCUGCACAUCAAGAACCAGCAGCAGCUGAGGAGGCGCGCCGCUGCAGUCAGGAGAAACCAGCCCACCGCGACUCUGUCCACACCCGACUUGAUGCAUCGGCGCGUGCUGUCGGACUGUCUGAAGGCCGUUGAUCAGCGGUGCGCCCAGGGGCCGCACGAGGGCGGUGGCGGUGGUGGAGCCAACCUGAGUGCGCGAGCGACGUCGUCGAUCUUCUCGCCCAACAGCAACCGGAAUGCUGUUGUGGAGGUGUCGGUGAGGGGGAUGGUGCGGUCGCCGGGUCUGCUGCCGGUGCUGCCCUUGUCCCUGUGCCAGGCCAUCUCUCGGCACGGCUUCCACAUACUGAAAGCCGACCUGCAGACGCAGCCGAGCAGCCUCAUGAGCCUCAAGCACAUCAGACGGGCCAUCGCCUGCAGACCCUCGCCCUUCGCCGAGAAGGACCACGGCGACGGCACCCAGUCCAUCUCAUCCUCCACACAGGCGUCGUCGUCAGCCGCCCCGGCCGCCAAGUCAGCCGCAGCUGCCAAGCCUCGCGUCAACGCUCUCAGCUCGGUGGUGCGCGUGAGGUAUCAGUUCACCCUCCUGCCCACCCAGCUCAUCGCCAGCCUGCUGCAGGCGAUGCGCAAACCGGAAGACGAGUACUCCCGCACCCCGGACCCGGCACACCAGUUCCUCAAGGAGCUUGAGAGAGGGCUGGUGGAGGCGGCAGCGGGAUUGGGCAAGGGAGAGAGGGGGGAGAGGGGCGAGCUGCCGCUGCGGAUGCCCCAGGAGUGCGACGAGGCGCUGGGAGAGGUGAUCAACCUGAGGGAGGGGGCGUGUGCGUGCGGCAGUGAAUGCAGCAGGGGCGCGCCGCAGCAGCAGCAGCAGGGAGGAGGCGGUGUGAGGGGUGCUGUAGCAGUGUCGGUAACGGUCAAGUGCAGGGGGCAGCCCACAUCGAUGGUCGGCAAACUGAGGUACACACACACACACAAACAGAGAAACACAGGGGAGUAAACACAAACACCUGCUCUUGCUUGAUGCAGGUCGUGUCUACCGUCGUGUCACCGUGGCGGUCUGGCCUCGCUGAUCACGGCUGCCCACGACCUGCCCCAGCCGCGGCGCGUCAAGCCAAACCCUCUGUCAUUCGGCGCCAUCCAGAACGUCCAGGUGCCCGCGGGGAUCGUGGAAGAGGUCAGCAAGCUAAGCUGCCUUUAUGUCUGCCUCACCGUCAGUCGCCCGCCUCUCAUGCGCCGUUUGCUGGUGUUGUUGGUCGGUCUGUGUGUGUGCAGGAAGCGGCCAGUGUGUGAGAGUCCUCAACGAUUAUGGAUGGAUGGAUGGGAGUGUGAUUGAUUAAGAAACGGCCCUUUUUGCGCCGCAUGCGGCGCAGCCCGACUGACUGACUGGCUGGCUGGCCAGGCCAAUACAUAUGGGUUGCUCUCCUCUUUGCCUGCCUGCCUGCCUGCCUGCCUCUGUCUGUGUGUGUCUCUAGAGGAGAGGCAGCAAGGUAGCCAGCCAGCCAGCCAGCCAUGUAUGGUAUGCACUCUGUUAUGUUACUCACGCAUCAAUCGGCGUAGCGAUUGGCUUGGCGUUUUUCUGCCUGCCUGUCUGUCUGCCUGCCUGUCUGCCAGUCAUGUCAUGUGGUGAGUAUGUUGUUGUUUGCCACCGUAGCUGGGAUGGUAUGGUGCCAUUCGCUCAUUCACUCGUUCACUCAUUCCUCCCUCCCUCCUUGAAUGCCAGCCAUGUCUGCUAGCCUGCCUAGCACAUAGAGAGAGAAUAAGUAGGGGGAAUGAACAGACAAACAGAUAGAAACGAAAAGAUGGGUGUGGUGUGAUGGGAUGGGGUGGGGUAUGGGCGGGGCGGGGCGAGCUGCUGAAGCUCCUGCAUGGACACACAUAACGAGCGCUUAAUUUGUUUUUUGUAUGUGUUGACGUGUGCGUCAUGCGUCUGCCUGCCUGCCUGCCUGGAUGGAUGGAUGGAGGGAGGGAGGGAGGGAGGGCAGAAUUGGGCGGUGUGCUGCCUGCCUCUCCCGAGAGAAGCAGAAUUGAGACGGUGACAGUUUUGAUAGCCGUAGGUAGGGAUUACGUAUGUGUGUGUGUGUGUGUGUCAGCGGGGAGGUAGAGAGGUAUAAUGAUGCUGCUCUGAUGGAUGGAUCGAUGGAUGGAUGGACAGAACGAAUGCAUAUCUGCAUGCGAUAUCGUCACGUACACACACACACACAUACUUCCACGAGAGCGAGAGAGCGACAUUGAGUACUCACCUCUCCACCUCUCCACAUCUGCCUUGCUGCCCGCCUUGUUUUUUGUGGUGUGUUUUGGCUGAUGAAGCUGAAGCUGGUGUGUGUGGGGGGGAGGGUGUCCGUUGCUUGGCUCUCUCUCUCUCUCUCACACGUACACAUCAACACGUCUGUGUGUUUAUUAGUUGGACGGACGGCUGUAUGUAUCAGCAGAGAAGAAGCGAUGGUGUGAGGGAUUGGUUUCAUCCGUAUGCAGUUGUUGUUUGUCCGAUGCAGUCAGUCAGUACCUUCAGGAUCAGUGGGAAUGGUCUGUUCUCCAAGGCCGGUACAACACAGCCACAGCCAGACACACAAGCAAUCAGACAGACAGACAGACAGAUGAGGAGAAAUGUUAGUGCUUUAUCUUAUCUGUCUGUCUGCGCUUUGUUUGUGAGGGGCACCCUUCAUAUGCACACACGCCAUCCAUUGCAUGUUGGUGCGCUGGACGUCUGUGUGUGCGUCGAUACUGACAGACAUCUGCCUAUGGACCGGCGCUUGAGUUGCUAUCAAGUACAUCUAGAGAGAUG